GACAAGAUGGCGCCAAAAUAUCGAAUUCAAAUGUUAAGCAUUUUACAUUUUUUGUUUUUGUUUACAUGUAAAACUUGACAUCCUCCGCCAUAAUGGACUCUGAGGCUACAAUAAAGUUGAUAAAGUUGUUUUACGAGACUCCUCGAGCGCAGGAGAUUUAUACAACACUCCGUAAAAAAAGAGAAGCACAAAAAGCAUAUGUUGAGCCAUCUUUCACAGAUGAAGAAGUAAGAAGUCUGUCUGAAGAAAUGGAAAAGAAUAUUGAUGAUACUCCUGAAGAAGAAAGACGAGAAAAUUUCGAAAAAUCUCCAUGCAAAUGUGAUGACUCGAUGAUAGCUGAAACUGCUAUUUCGGAUUGCGAUAGCAAAAUGUCGGGGGCUUUUCAAAAGGAAGAAAAAUUUGAUGGCGGUGUUCAAAAGGAGCAGAAGCAACGUGAGUUGCUAAAGUGGUCAUUGAAAAUUGUAAACGAUAAAGAAAUUAUUGUUGAAGGUCAAAGAAGCGGUGAUCCUGCAGAUAUAAGUUGGAGAACGUCCGUGAUACGUGACAGGAUUUCAACAAAUGUAGUUCGAAGUAGAAAAGGAACGUUGUAUUUUCUUCUUGGGGAAAUUGAUAAAAAUGACAUGAAUAAAAAAGGCUUUUCUGAGGAAAUUAUCAGUAUGUUCAACUACGGAUUUCCACCAAACUGGCGAGAUGUAUUCCAAAAGGUUGCACCUUUGGAGGACAAACGGGCGCACAAAACGAAUAGUGACCAAGAGCUGACUGUGCCUGUGGUGACAAACGAUACAGCAAAGGAAAAAGUUGACGAGGAAGUGAGGGUGGUGCCUGAUAUUGAUGAUGUAGCCUGA